AUGGAAAAGAAGGUCGAGGGUGGCCUUUCUCGGAGUGAACUGGGCCUUGACCCGGCACAGCUCGAGUCAGUUGUCGACGAGAAGGCUGAACAAGCCGCACGGCUGGCGGAAAUUCCUGACGAAGUGACGCACGAAGAAAACCAGAGAACGCUGCGCAAGAUCGACUGGUGUCUCAUGCCUAUCAUGGGUAUAUGUUAUGCCCUUCAGUAUCUGGACAAGGCUGCUUUGUCACAGUCUACCCUCCUUGGGAUAAAAGACGUUGGAAACGGCGGGCUUGGCUUGCACGGCUCCCAGUUUUCAUGGUGUACCUCAAUCUUUUACUUCGGCUACCUAGCGUUCAGUGCACCGAGUUCUUAUUUCAUUGUCCGGUUCCCCAUUGGCAAGUACAUCGCCCUGGUUGUGACGGUCUGGGGCGGGAUCUUGAUGUGUACGGCCGGUUGCAAAUCGUUUUCAGGAUUGAUGGCCCAGCGGUUCUUCCUCGGUGCCGCAGAGGCUGCCGUUGCACCGGGCUUCUCACUGCUGACAGGCAUGUUCUAUACGCGCAAGGAGCAGCCGAUGCGUCAAGCAGCGUGGUUCCUUGGGAAUUGCCUUGCCAUCAUUGUCGGCGGCUUGAUUGCCUAUGGCGUAGGUACCAUUGACAAUCCUUCCCUGCCGCGUUGGAAGAUCCUCUUCCUUAUCGAAGGCUCCAUUACCUGCGCCUAUGGCCUGACCAUGUUCAUCACUCUCCCGGACUCGGUCGGAACAGCCUGGUUUCUGAAUGAAGACCAGCGAAGAAUCGCCAUUGCCCGGACUGUGAAGAACAACACUGGAGAUGUUUUCGAAGACCUAUCUCGAUUUUUGUCCAGGGCUUGA